GGUGCUGAAGGUUUAUAAGUGAUAGACGCAUUUUCGAAAAAAAUCGACUCGAUCGGUUUUACCACUUCGCCAUUGAUUUCUGCAUGUGCAAUAUUGAAGGUGGGACGAAGAGAAUUUUGGAGGACCCAUUCACUGAGGUCCAUACCACCUGUCUGGCACACCUGCCGUCCUUGAGCACAUUGUCCCAACAGAACCGCAGACACGUGAUUCAACGAGAAGACCUUAGACUUUAACAGUUAAACUAUAAAGUACAACAGUUCCCAGAACAUCUGUGGAUUUUAUCGAGUCUCCAUCAUGCUUGGCAUAAACCCCAUUCAUUAAAAUACUCCACGACAAGAUUACUUCAAGUGUUCGAUUCGAAAAACAUGGACUCUUAUGGACAACUGCCAGGAUUAUUUUGUGCUAAAUCGAGAAAUCUCCAUAAGCCCCCAUGUACGAGAAAUGGAUUUAUAUCCUUAUGGACUCAAUAAGACCCUCGCGGAGGCGAAUGCGUUUCGGGUGUGGUUUGUAAUUUUUGUCACUACCCGAGAAGACACCCUACCACGAGGAUUUCCUUCCCAACAUCAAAUGUGCUAUGACUCGAUGUUGAAGACUGAAGAAUUUUCUAACUUGAAACAUGCUUCCUUUGCUGUUGGAACAUGAGGAUGUUGUGUGAGCAUGUGACGAGUGAAAUUCGAGCACUGGAUAGAGAGAGAAAAUAAUACCGUAUCAAGCAAGAUUGCGGCAUUGAGAUUUUUUUUUUGAGUCUGGGAUAAGCCCGACGAUGUGACUUCAACUUCUGAGCAUGGCAACUUCGUUCGGUACUUCAAAAUCGAUAACGCUCCAGUGAAGUUUCACCUAUUGCUAAAUUCAGUGUUUUUCUGAUGACAUCACUACCAUGUGAAGAGAUCUGAAAGGGAGGAGAAUGUGAUUGAAUUCAACCAAAGCCAAAUAACCGAUACGACUUGAAAAGAAGAAGAAAUUGCCAUGCAGAACCGGCUCGACGGUAAAUUGGUGUUGCUCUAUACAUUGCUCGUCCUUCAAGUAUUCAUCGUAAUGAUCUACGUUAUAGCAACACCCCCCAGUGAAUACACACAGCUUACACCACGAAAUCCUGUCAGUUUCGUGAGAAUGGAACCAGCUUAUAUUCCUCAAAAAUUUGAAAAUCGUACAUCCAAGCCUUCAAUCUCACAUCCUGCCUAUCAGAUUAUAACAAGCGAGUUAAAACUAAAGGAUACGAAAACGUCAAGCUUCUUCAUCACUCAGAAUACAACGAGAUGUUGGAAGGAAGGCAUCAUCUUCAACAAAUCCCACACAUUUUCCAAUAAAUGUCACUGUCAGUCUGGUUGGCAUGGGCCAGACUGUGGCCAGCCAGAAGUUGUCUGGAGGGCGAUAAUGGCUUCGAAACAAAAUAUCAGACUGAAACCAAGAAAAACCUCUCGCCGACUAAUUUAUACAUUCUCAGUGCAAGAUUACAACUCAGCAAUAGCCGAGGUCAUCGUAGAAGAACUCCAUCACGUUGUGGAUUUGUUUGUAAUUUGUGACUUUAGCGGAGCAGAGGAUAACUUGCAGCAUAAAUUGAACAAGGGAUUGUUAUCGAACCACCAGCAUAAGAUGUUAUACAUAAAUGCAGCUCAUAAGUCACGAAAACCUUUGCGAGUGAUAUCGAAAUACGUUUGGGAUAAAAUAAUCAAUGUUGUGAAGAAUAUGAAAGAGGAUGAUAUUUAUGUGAUGAGUGGACCUGAGCAGAUAUUAAACUGGCGUGCAUUAAUGUUCCUCAAGGUAUACGAUGGUUGGCCUCAGCCGAUAGGCUUUCGUCUAAGAUGGUCGGUUUUUGGAUUCUUCUGGCAGCAUCCCUCCAAAACAAUCAUAACCGUUGGUGCAUGCACUGUCGGAUGUAUAUAUCAAUCUUACAGGACAAAUAGCAUUUUUCUUCAGCGUGAAUUGGGAGAGACAAAUGAGAGGGAUGUUCUCGGCUUAGUUAUUGGGGAUCUCAAUCAUUAUGGGGGAUGGUAUUGUAAUUACUGCGAAACACCGGCAAAUAUUAUGAUUGCUCUGAAGAAAGAUGGCAAACCUAAAGAAGCCAAGUAUGCUAAGAACAUGGACGUACUAUUUGUGGAGGAUUUAAUCGGCACUGGUGUCUGGUUCGAUGAUAAAAUGAGCCUUAUUAGAGCUUAUAAAACUAAAGAAUCGUACUUUGCGCCGGAAACUGUUAUCGACAACAGUUUCAAGUUUGACUGGUUAGUCGAUAAUUUCUACGCUAAACUUGAUUAUUAUUGAUGAUCAUCUAGCAUCAAAUGUCUGUGAUAUUUAUUCAAGUAGUUAUAAGUUAUCGAAAAUCAAUAUGUAGCGUGUGAACUAUUGAUCGAAUUUAUAUACAAGGAUUGUCUACCAAAGUAUGAAUGUUAAAUAAUUUAUAUAAAUCUAGAAAGAAUUAAAGUUUGUCGAAGUGAAAGAGUGAGAAGCGUUAAACAUCACGGCGCCGCUUAACAAUGCCCUCCACCAAUUGUCAAACGUUCAACCCCCACAUCAAUCUCAAAUAAUUCUUUUCAAAAUCUGGUCUUGUUUAAUUUCAGCGCUCAAUCUCAAGUCGGAACCGUGCCUAUAAAUAGCCAAAUUUUCCCAUUUAAAACCAUUGAAAUUUCCAUAUUUUCACGAUCUGAACAUAUGAAAUUCACAAAAAAUUGGUGAGGAUUGAAUCGUGAAGAUAACUAUGGUGUUGGAUUAUGACAAUUCAUUUUGCUAAUUUUAUCGAUUUAGUGAUUAUUUCGAUGAAAAAUCAUUCAUUAACGAGAUGCGAAUGAACCCUUCAUUUGGGAAAUGUAUAUUAUAAAAUAAUGGAAAAUCCUUAUUAAUAUUGAAAUUUAUUAUCAUAGAUGUUUUAACACUGAAAAGCCAUUAUUUCACAUGUAAACUCGGUCAAAUUCUCGAGAUAAUCAUUAAAAAAUAGAUCUUAUCAAAGUCAAAUGUAAUGACUAUUCAUUUAUCUCGUUAAUGACCACUCCUGCAAUCAAAUGUCAAAAAAACUUUGUAGUUGAUAAGAUUUUCUACAAAAAAGGUUGCAUGACAUUUUCUCAAAAAAUGAA